AUGGUCAUGGGAAGGUGGGGUUUCUGGGCACUCCUCAGGGACUGCCCCUCUCCCCAGAAGUCCAUGAUGAAAGCCCCCAUGCUUAUAGGUGCACUGGUCAUGGUGGGCUUCACAGUGGGAAAGGCUCCUGUUUCUGAAGUCCGGACCUGCCACCUCUGCCUCUUAGAAGAUCCUACUGUAGGAUGCAUUUCAGGCUCAGAGAAGUGCACUGUCAGCAGCUCAUCCCCAUGCAUGGUGAUCAGCAUCAAUUACGAUAACAAACCUCGCUUCUUAAUCCGAGGCUGUGGACAACACAUUUCCUACCGCUGCCAAGAAAAGCUGCCCACCUACAUCUCAGCGUACUGGUACUCGGCCCAGUGCUGCCAGUAUGACUACUGCAACUCCUGGUACAGUCCCCAGCUCCAGAGUGCCUUGCCUGAGCCCCCUGACAGGUCCCUGGCUCUGCCCCUGUCUCAGUCCCAAAUCCUGUGGUUCUACCAAACCCUGAACCUGUCACUGCCCCUGCCCAGCUUCCCUGCUGGGAAGGAGCCUUCUGAAGGCCUGGACCCCCUGGCUGACCCACCUGUGAAUCUGAGUUUGUCUAUUGCUGACCUGCGAAGCAUAUACUUGUUCCUCAACAGUUCUGGACUUUUGACUCUUCCCUGGGCUGGUCCCUGA